UCCUCGAGCCGUGACAAUCGGACGAGCAUCGUUCAUCGUUUUCAAAGAAAUUCUACAACUCCGUUUCGCUGGGAAAUCACUCCAUUAUCGUGUUCGCCUGUGCGUGAUUAUUCAAGCUGCAUCGAAUCGAUCGGUGGAAAAAAAGGAGGACAGGUACAUAAACCUUGAUUGUCAAUCGAGUAUACAUCGCACACGAAUCUGAAUUCUUUAAACCGGUUCACCGGGGGAAACCGGCCAUACCGAUUCGUGCGUCUUCUAAAACAUCAGUCACUUCCGAACGUUCCGAAAAAAUUCGAGGACGAGAGGAAUCGAGGUGUGUUAUUAACGUGAGGUGAGAAAGUAUUAAAGACACGGUGGACGAGUGGACGAAACGGGAACACCGGUUCGUAAGGAGAGACGGUGGGGCAGCACCACCGUGACUAUGUAAACUACCAGCAAAACAGUUGUGGGAGCGCGUGCGCAUCGUCGAGCAGGAAACCCGUAGCGACCGAACGUGUCUGGCAGGUGUACGGGCAACGAUUAACGGACAUUAGAAAACGCGCUGGUUCACGGUAACCAGAUUUAACAGAUAGAAGGUGACGAAGGUGGUGUCGAGGAUAGGUGACAAGAAGAGCGGAGAACUGCGAACAGAAGACAAAGAAAUCCGCAAACUGGCUCCGGAAGUGAGGAUCAAGCAAAUUGGAAUGAGGGAGGAUCUGUUGUCUAUAAUACGGCACACGAGCAGCGAUCAUUUCUCGGAAGUACUUUAGCCGACGAGAAUCGAGGAGACGAAGGGCCUGGAGGUGGUACUAGCAAUAGAGCGAAGGUUUUUUUUCAUCGAGUAUUAUCGUUUAAAUAGAGGGCUCAAGCUCGCUGGGACUCGAACGGCAGAGGAAGUUAUUUGCCGUGGGCUCCGAUUCACGUAUCCUUCCUGUCACAUUGAUUCCGUCUUUCGUUCGCCUACCUGGGCCUCGUAUUUUCUUUUUUUCCCUACGGUGGAAAGCGAACGGUAAAGGGGAUCCCCCUUUUCGAAUUACGAGCAUCGGUUAUGCCCUGGGCAGCCGCCUGUUUUGACCUGCUAGCCGCACCCAUUCUGGGCUAUUGUCUCGCCGUGAGGCAACUCGCCCUUCAGGCAGGCAUCCUGCAAGAAGGAAGCAACGAGGCUACGAUAACUCUGCCAGAUAACACGUCCAACGUGUUUAUAGAGAAGGGGAAGAACCGAACCUGCGCUGACACCAUGGCACCUAGCACGGAGGAACAGCGUCAAGAACCAGGCAAGGAUAAGAUCGCGGUGAGGACAACACCGGGGAUCACGAAGUCCCCGCGUAAAUUCGCGGGGGUUGUGAUCGCGAUGUGCGGUCUACCUGGUCGUGGAAAAAGCCAGGUGGCACAAUGCCUGUCGCGCAGACUGAACUGGAACGGCGAUUCCGCCAAAGUGAUGAGAGUGAGCGAAUACCGGCGGAAACGACUGGAACCAUACGGCGAGGCGGUGUCCCACGAGCUGUUCCGUCCUGAUCACACGGCGAACGCAGCUCUGAGAGCUCUUGCCCAGGGUGACGCGAUCCACGAUUGCGCCGGAUGGCUCGCAGCUGGGAAUUCCGUAGCUAUACUGGACGCCACGCUGGUGACGCGAGCGCAACGCGCCGAGGUCUUCGAUUAUUUUUCCGGGCAGCUCGGUUACCGAGUAUUGUUCGUCGAAUGCGUAUGCGAUGAUCCUCUGGUGCUGGAGCAAAAUUACAAGGAGAUCCUGCGGUACAGCACCGAUUACAUUGGUGUCGAUCCGACUCGAGCCGAGGAGGAUCUUCGUUUAAAGGUAGCUCAUUAUGUACGAUGCUACGAGCCGAUGGACGAGAAGGUCUACCCAAGAGUACGGAUCAACACCGCCACUAUGGAUAUCGAGACGUGCAAAAUAUCCGGCCACAUCGAGACCAGCGUUCUCGGAUACUUGGGAAGCGUCACGGUCAAGCCUCACACUCUUUACUUCUCUCGGCACGGUGAAAGCGAGUACAAUGUCCUCGGCAAAGUCGGAGGGGACGCUGUGUUGAGCGCGCGCGGAGAGAGGUACGCUCAGGCGUUGGCUACCAAAUUCAACGCGAUGCGUAUACCCGAUCUUCGUAUACUGACCAGUCGUUUACGAAGGACGAUCGCGACAGCGAGGGGCGUCGAGGCUCCUCAGGAACACGUCGCGGCCCUAAACGAGCUAUACGCCGGGGUUUGCGAGGGUCUUUCGUACGAGGAGAUGCAGGAGCAUUAUCCGCAGGAGUUCGCGUGGCGCGACCAGGACAAGCUACGCUAUCGUUAUCCGUGGGGCGAGAGUUACAUCGACGCGAUGCAACGCGUGGAACCGGUGAUCGCCGAACUGCAAAGGUCCGAUAAUAUCCUGGUGGUGUCACAUCAGGCCGUGCUGCGUUGCCUUAUCGGUUUCUUCAUGGACAAGAAGCCCGAGGAGCUUCCCUAUAUGGAGGUUCCUCUGCAUACGAUUAUUCGCGCGAGUAGCCAAGGAUUCAAUUACAAGCUCGAAUUCUACAAGCUACCGAUCGAGUGCGUAAACACCACUCGCGUGAAACCGAACAACUGCAGCGCCGAUAGAACAGCAGAUGACGCUCUGAUAACUGUACCCGCGCAUUUCGACAUACCGGAUCCAUGGAGGAAUCCAGGAAACGGGCCGACCCUCGUGCAGCAGCACUGAGAUACAGCUCGACGAUCCACGAUAACGUCGAAAAUUCGAUCUCUGUUGAGCUGUGGUCUCCGAGGAUUUCGAGGGUAGCUUCUUUUAUUUUUCUCGAUCACGGAGGAUUCGACGGGACGUUGUAUACGCGUGUCCCGCGGCGAGGCGUUGAAUUUAUUUUCUUUUUAGUUUGUAGUUUCAUUAUGGUAUGGAUUAGGAGCGGAUCAAUAAUUGGAAACACGACGGAGGGUAGUUGUAUCGAUUGAAAUUUCGUUCGGUUCGUUUGUGAAUAACUAAGGAAAUGUUAAAAAGAACAGGGCCUUGAUAUAUUUGUAGGAAUUUCUGAUUCGUUUAUUUUUUUUUUUUUUUUUUUCGUAAUCGACAGGUUUCGUGGAUUGAUCGUCGGAAUUCCCUUCAUCGAUCUGUUUCUUAUUGGCGGCAACUCUGUAUCCUGCUGCUUCGAGCCCUCUAUAUUACUACGUUUAAUCCUUCUAGUUUUAAUGUUAGACGAUAGACAGGUGAAUCGAUGUUAAGAGCGAUCCACUAUGUACCCAUAGAAACCGAGAAAACUACUUGUACCUUUUGAUUUGUGAUGAGCAAGGACCUAUUCACCGGCGGUCAACGUCUGUUGUAUCGUCGGUUCAACUAUUGAAGAUCGGAACAACGAAAACAUGAAAACCCCUGACCAUAUUCUUAGGCUUAGAAAUCUAGUUCUGUACUCUUAUGAUUUCGUUCCUAAUGUAACUGACUAUAAUUGCAAAACGAGCGUCAAGAAUUAGAGAUUCUUUUUUUCCGUUUCUUGUCAUAAGAGAGGACUAUAACUUAGGUUAGCGUAGCGAUGCACAAAUUGUUCGUUAAUUAAAUUGACGGUAUCAGUGUUAGCAGUUACGAUUAAAAGUUUGGACGAUAAAUGUGCAUUUUUUGCGCGGGCAGAAUCGACGGUGUAUCUUCGGGAACGGGGAAAACCAGUCGUCGAUAUUUUAUUAUACUAGUACGUUAAAAGUAUUUUAUUGCAGAAUUGGCGAAACGGUUCUUCCGUCGAUAUUCUGUUGCGUUUCGAUUAGGGUUAGCCGUAGACCACAUAAAUCUGCACAAUAUU